AAUCUAAUCUUUAGGCUUUAGCAACACUUAUUAGUUUUUAAUUAUCUUUAGUGUGGUAUGCGUGAUAUGAAAUUGUGUGAGCUAGACUGUAUUAAAUGUCUAGUCACAAUUUGUACUUUUUUCUCUAAUAGAUUAGUUUAAUCGUGAUACACGUUUAUCGUACAAUUUAAAUAUUUCUUUAGACAUGGCAAAUAAUACCAGACGGAAAAACCAAAGACCAAGCAUUUGGAAAAGCACGCAUUGCACUAGCUUUGGUUUGUCUGGGCAACUGUUACCUUUGCAAGAGUUUAAAGUGCCUCCUGAUUUACAAAAAGCAUUAAAGAACCAUUUUAAAGAAAGUCCUGAAGAUAGUAAAUUAUGUAGAGAUUAUAUAAAACUUAUUAUUCAUGAAUUUCCAAAUGUGAAAAAAAUAAAACCGGAACAUUAUUUGGUAUUAUUUAAAAUUUUUCUAUAUAUGGAAGAUCAUGAACUUAAGUUACUUGCGGCAGAGUAUAAUUUAAAAAGUCAGUCACUCAAGCAGCUUGCCUUAAAUAAAUGUGUUAUCACUAUACCUAAGUUAGACGAAGAUGAUCCGUUUAUAAAGAUUGGUGAUAUGGUAAAAAUUCAGGAUAUAAGUGGAGCAUAUACAUGUAAUUGUCCAAUAAUAGAUAUUGAAGGAAAGAAUGUAAUUUGUGAAAUUAAACAGAAUCAUAUGGAUCUUGCGAAAACCUUAGUCAAUGUUCAUUUUUGCAAACAAAAUUUGACAAUAAAGUAUUGUCAUUUUAUUUUACACAUGAUAGAUAAAUAUAAUUUGAUUGAUUUAUUGUAUCCCAAAAUAAAUACAAACCAUUAUGUGUUACCACAAGUUACCUUAGAUUGGGUUCAAAAAACUGUAGCAAAAAAUCCAGAACAAAGAGAGGCAGUGAUAAAUAUUUUAAAUAAUUCAGCACAUCCUGCACCAUAUGUAAUAUUUGGUCCACCUGGUACUGGAAAAACAACAACAUUAGUUGAAGCCAUUUGUCAGAUUAGAAACCAACACAGGACCAAAAAUGUUCUAGUAUGCGCAUUUUCCAAUGCAGCUGCAGAUGAAAUUGCAAGAAGAUUGAUAACUUUACUUCCUUCUAAAGAUAUAUUUCGGAUGUAUGCAGCAUCUAUGCAUUGGGAAGAUGUUGACAAAACUAUUGUUCCUAAUUCAAAUUUCGUUGAUGAUAAGGUGCUUUAUUUGCCUAAGGAUAUUUUUAUUUUGAAAAAAAUAGUUAUUGUAACGUUGAUGACAUGUAUGAGGCUGGUAAGCCUUAAUUUAAGAAGCGAUCAUUUCUCAUAUAUAUUUAUCGACGAAGCAAGCCAAAGUACCGAAUUAGAAUCAUUGGUUCCAUUUACACUAGCAUGUUCGCAAAAUAAGAAGAGUUCUGUGGCAACAUUAAAUGCUCAAAUUAUUAUUACUGGCGAUCCUUAUCAACUGGGACCAAUUGUUCGGUGUAAACAAAUUAACCACUUACUUGGAAAGUCGCUAUUAGAAAGAUUAAUGGAAUGCGAACCAUAUCAAAAAGUGGACAAUAAGUAUAAUUCACGAUACAUAACAAAAUUAAUUCGCAAUUACCGUAGUCUAGAACCUAUCUUACAUGUGUCCAAUAAAUUAUUUUAUGAAAAUGAAUUGUUAUGUUGUAAAGAGCCAAGUACAAACAAGAUAAAUUUAAACUGGUCGGUAAUGGCAAAUAAAACAUUUCCUAUAUUAUUUCUUGCAGUAGAUGGUAAAGAAAAACGAACUGAAAACAAAAGUGUUUAUAAUUUAGAAGAAAUUGCGAUUGUUGGAUAUUACAUAAAGAAAUUAUUGGAUGCCAAAGUUAAAGAAAAAAAUAUUGGUGUUAUAACGCCAUUCAAAAAACAAAAAGUUAUGAUUUAUAAGUAUCUAAACGAACAUGGUUUUAAGGAUAUAACUGUUGGAACAGUAGAAGUAUUCCAAGGACAAGAGAAAGAAGUUAUAAUUUUAACUACUGUGAGAUCUGAAUCAUUCAAACAUGAUGGUAAAGAACACAUUGGUUUCCUGUCAAAUGCAAUGAGAUUCAAUGUUGCUGUAACAAGAGCAAAGAAUUUGUUAAUAGUAGUAGGAAAUCCAACUGUUCUAUGCAAAGACAAAUGUUGGAAAGCUUUAUGGGAUUAUUGUGAUAAAAACAAUGCAUGUAGCAUUUUAGACGUUGUGGGUUUUUGAUAAGUAUUAAAGUGCAAUUACACGUAUAGUAUUAAACUUAAUUAUAUAACAUACUAUCUUUUUACGACAAGAUAGUAAGAUGUAUUUAAAGAAUUUGAGCUUAACCAUUUUUUAAUUAGAUUUAACGAAAAAGACUAUUAUAUGAUAAAUAUUGUUGUUACAUACAUAUUAAAUUUGAUAUUACAUUUUUACUCGUCGGCCAGUAACUCAAUCGUAACAAACCAAUAGAAACAUAUAUGUAUAUAUAUAUAUAUAAUUAAAUUUAGCGAUAUUCUAGUCGUCUAACAAAUUUGAUUACUACGACGAGAAAAUACGUAACAUCAAAUUAAAACUAUCUUUAAUAUUAUUUUUGUUAACAAUGAUGAAAGACCAAAAUAAAGUACAAAUUGCAAGUUAA